AUGGCGUCGACAAAGUCGCUGGAAGAUAUGCUUCUGUCUUCAGACAUCGACGAGCAGGCGGUGAGUGCACUAGUCGGGUCCCUGGAGUCACAGCUGUCAUCCUCAGAUGCACAUUACACUAGAACUGAAUUAUCUUCAGCCACCGUCAAUAACAAUCACAUCGGAAAUGCAUCUGUGGCAGAUUGCAACGCGAGAAUGCCCGAUGGACAGAAACACGGUGCACUUUUGGGCAGUUUAUUGGAGCAGGGCACAACGAACAAAAACUUGACAAACCCUCAGAUUAUGGGAUUAUCGUCUCAAAAUUUAUCAAAUGCAGUCAUAGUUUCACUACCCGGAGCCCUACCUGCCAGCGGAUAUAUCAGCCAGGUAAGCUCGACGAACCAGGCCUUGAUGAAUUCGUCUGCCGUUGGCAGGCACGUAAGCAACUCGGAUAUUAAGUUGGUGUAUUCGCCCCAGUCGACGUCCUCUCCUUUCAGCUCCGCCUCGAGCGUGGUCACUUCUGGAGUGAUUACCACGAACCAGAUUAAUAGGAACAAUUUCAAAGUCGCAGCUUUGCAUAACGGCAACUCCAACUUCAACAACAUAGUGGCCGUAACAUCUGGUGGCGGACCCGUGUUGCAGCCACCGACCAGUGGCGCGACUUUGAACGCUAUGCAAAAUCUGGCCAACAUAGCCUCUCAACAGCCUCGCAUACAAGUGAUUAGUCAACAUCAGCAGCAAAUAAAUAAUGCCUUAAACACCAAAAGUGUCUCUCCGAGGGGUCAGGUCGACAACAAGAGCAAGCAGAACUCGCCACAAGUUUACAACAACAUCCCUGUCGAUCAUCGGCAGUCCCCUUCAAACCAAUACCAGGUCCAAGCAUCUGUGAUUACUAGCAAGCCCAGUCAGUCUGUGAAUGUUGUGACUCAAGUGGUCACCAAUCCCAACAUGCUGCCUCCCGGGGUGCAACUUCUGAGUGUGAAUCCUGCUCGGUUAAACCAAAAAACAUUGGCACCUAGGGGAAUAGUAGUUGGGAAUCAAGUACGAAUCGCGCCUCAAAUGUUGAGGCAGGGCACACCCAUUCAAGUUCCUGGACAGGGAGCCAUCGCUCUUCCAGCUAGCAUGCGAGGUGCAAUUGUUGUGAGAGCAGAUGGGAGCCAAUAUCAUGUCUUCAAUGUUGCUACUCCCCCUAACCUGCAGGCAGGUUCUAGUACUUCACCCAGUCCAACCUACAGACUACAAUCACUUCCUCCUGGGGUCCCUGGCAUCAUCCGAACACUGUCACCUCAGCAAGUUGUCUCUGUCCCCGUAUCGUCCGCAUCCGUAAAAACCCUUUCGUCUGCACCUGGAAGUGUGGUACGAACUAUGUCUCCACAAGUGACUGUGGCUGGUCAGACUUUCACAAAAACCCAAGCUCCUCAAACAGUAGUAAGCACAGUCUUGCAACAGACUGCCCCUACUAAUGUAGUAAGGACUCCUGCUAUCAACACCACAACUUCCUCAGUCGCUAUGUCCCCUAACACCAUAAAGAAGAAGUGUCAGAACUUUCUAAGUACUCUGAUCAAACUUGCCGGUGACCAAACCACAAAAACUGCAUCAAAUGUAAAAAAGCUUAUACAGAACUUGAUUGAUGGAACAAUAGAACCAGAAGAAUUUUCUACUCAACUUCAAAAGGAAUUGCGUUCAUCUCCCCAGCCUUACCUCAAUCAUUUUUUAAAGAAAAGUCUGCCCCAUGUACGACAAUCCUUGAUAUCAAAAGAAAUGACGAUUGAUGGAAUAAGGCCGCCUCUCCCUCCUCCAUCUAUGCAGACUAUCUCAGCAACACCACCCCAAGUGACCAGCAUUCGAACAACAUUUGCCCCCAGUGCUCGCAUGAGUGCCACCACUAUUGCCGGAAGUGCCUUGACUGCUCAACUCAACCAGCCACCUGGUAGCACGCUUUUGACCCAGCGGCUCAUAUCGCCUCAAGUUCCUCACGGCCUCCCGAGGGCUAUUCGACCUCUGCCCGGGGUGACCACUGGUUACGGGGGGCUGGUGGAGAGCUCCCCGGCGACCGUGGGGGCGCUGCAAUCCAAGAUUGUGCUGCCCAGGCCUGCAUCGGUCGUCAAGGCCUCCCUGGCGAGCAAGGAGAAGAAGGCCUUUGUGUCUGUUAGGGACGAGGACGACAUCAACGAUGUUGCAGCCAUGGGUGGAGUGAAUUUGCUGGAAGAAAGCCAACGCAUUCUGGCAACGAACUCGGAGCUUAUCGGCAGUCAGAUUAGAUCGUGUAAGGAUGAAAGUCACCUGGCAUACUCGGCACUGCAUCGGCGCAUUCUGGCAUUUGCUAAGAAAAGAGGCAUUGAUGAAGUGAAGAGUGAUGUUGUUGACUUGAUAGCGCAUGCGGCAGAAGAAAGGCUCAAAACUAUUAUUGAAAAGUUGAGUAUUGUAUCCGAGCACAGAUUAGAAAAUCCUAAGAAUGAUCCUCGGUUUGAAGUCAGCAAAGACGUGAAAGGUCAAAUAAAGUUCCUAGAAGAACUGGACAAACUAGAAAAAAAGAGACAUGAUGACCAGGAGAAGGAAAUCUUACUCAAGGCUGCAAAGAGUCGCUCAAAGUUAGAAGAUCCUGAGCUUUUGAAAUUGAAACAGAAAGCAAAAGAGAUGCAACGAGCAGAAAAUGAAGAAUUGAGGCAAAGAGAAGCAAAUAUGACGGCACUGUUGGCAAUUGGUCCUCGUAAAAAGCUCAAGACAGAAAAUUCUACGUCAGCAUCUACUAGUGAGUCCGGAAGUACUGAGCAGUCCAGUUCUGGCAUGUUGUCUCAAAAAUUACCUGUUCGUCCACGUGUGAAACGCAUCAAUCUGCGCGACUUGCUGUUUGUGAUGGAAAGUGACCCCAAGACAGUACGGAGAAGCCUCCUGUACAAGUACUACGGGAGAUAGGAGCAGCGAAUUGGAAACAGUGCGCUUAAAUAAGAGAAAAGUGCAAUUAUACCUCGGGAUGCCGAAACGGCAUGUGUUCAACCUAUUUAUUGGUGAUCGAUUUCGGUCCCAGUGGUGUCACGAACAGUCCAUCCACUUUGGCUACAAAUAGUGAGAUGACAUAUUUUCAUUGUGAAUAGACUUUUUAAGCUGAAAACUGUGUGAAUGGUAUUAUGUGUGUAUGUUAUAUAUAUAUAAAUAUAUAUAUAUUCACAAAAUCAAGCUCUGCAAUCCUUUCUCCCCUGUUCCUCCUUUUCUACCUAUGCAUCAUUGGAUGGUGAAAUCAACCAGUUGCU